AGAGAGUACAUUUUUCUACUACAAUAUUACUCUACAAAAUAUUUACCAAGAAGACGCUUUUCAAAAAUGACAGAGAUAUGAAUACCAUAGAAAGGAAAUUCGACCACGCUAUAAUUCAGUUACGCAUAUGGUAUGAAAAAUAUAACAGAACGUAAAAUUGUACGAUAUACUCUGUAAUGUCGCUUACGCGAAAGGUCAUAGUUUUUUGCAUUAGACAUGAAUUACGAAGCUCGUGUGUAUAUUCCCAUAGCUUUACUCAUCGCCAUCAAUUACGUUUAACUUGUUCCUCGCGAUCAUGCGGUAAUAAUACAUGCGACAGUUUGAUCCGUACACUUUGAUGAAUUACGAUGAAAACUUUCUCUUCUUUUAUUCCGCGAUAUCAUAUCGAAAACAUUGUAUCGUGUUCUCGAAAGUCUAUCAGCAAAAAUGGAUAUGGAAGACGUUGUCUGGAAUACUGACGCCACGUAUGCUCUAGGAACGUAUAAAUUUAUAACUUGGACUACUGGCACAUGGCCUCUACAGGAUGAAGGGAUAUUCGCGAUGAUUCGCUUCACUAUUGCCUUCAUCUUGGAGGUAGUACAGUAUCUUUGCUUCAAAAAAAAUAACAAAGAUCGUUGCAAACAAGACGUACCAAUUGUUAUAGGUCGUAAAGGAAAUUACAAAUGUUUCAAGUGUAUUAAAAAUUUAGUGUCGUCUUGUCGUCUGUUUUUAAUUCGUACGCUUUUACCACAGUUUAGCUUACUCGCUUCCGUUCUGUUGGAACUCCGGCUGAACUGCGGCAACACGGACAAGACGUUGGAGUUCUUUGGAUUGACAGCAGGAAUGACAACGGGCCUAACAAAAUUAAUUUUCGUCAAGUUACACCAACAAGAUUUACGGAAGAUCCUUUUAUCGGCAAUUAAGGACUGGUCCUCGAUCGCAAAAGAUUCUUCGGCAAAGGAGAUAAUAUGGAAAUAUACCCAUCGGGGUAAGAUGGUAUGCCGCGUUCAAAUGAGCUUGGGUCUGUUAAUCAUUGCAUCAAUGAUAAUGGAUGCUGUGCCAACAUCAGACUUCUCUCAGCAGGACAAUAUCACUUCGAGCGAAGAGAACCUUAGACAGAUCCCACUCCGGACUAUGUGUCUUUUCGGCAACAUGUCAAUGUCUACUUAUUGGACAGUUUUCGUUUUACAGGGAGUCCAGUUAUUGAAUUCCAUAGCUGUUAAUAUGGGAAACGAUGUCUUCUUUUUUGCGAUCGCCAUGCAUAUUUGUGGUCAACUCGACGCACUCAGAAUUUUUUGCGAUAAUUUCAAAGCGAACGACGAGAAGGACCGAGUUCUGAAGAUUGAAAAAUUUGUUCGUAGACACUCCCAUCUGUUGGAACUUGCUCAACGACUCGAAAACACCUUCGCUAAUAUUCUUUUAGUGAAUUUAAUGACCGAUGGAUUGCACACUUGUUUAGCAGGAGUACAAAUCCUUACUAUAUCCAAUAAAAUCGACAUUGUUCCUCUCACCAAAGUGAGCUCUGUGAUCGUCAUCAUUUUGGCACAGCUUUUUUUAUAUAGCUAUGCAGGUGAUUACCUGUCAUCGUUAUUCCAGGAUAUUUGCCAAGUGAUUUAUAAUUGUCCAUGGUAUGAAUUCUCACCGAACAACGUUCGAAAUUUGAUGUUUAUAAUUAUGAGAACGCAUGUACCAUUUCAUCUUACGGCGGGAAGAUUCUAUACCAUGGAUAUUGAGAAUUUCAAGAACAUUGUGAAAACAUCCUUCUCCUUCUUUUCUCUCUUACGAAUUAUAUUUUCAGAGUGAACGCUACAACGAUGCAGUGCAGAUGUUGAAUGCUGUUUUCGUCGAUACUGGAAAUGACGUUUUUUUCUUUGGAAUCGCU